CGAGACAAAUGGCGUGUUGGCAACUUGUUAUCCUAGCUGCUGUGACAGCAGCACAUGCUUCCACGGUGAUGGAGAAGAGAAUAAUAGGCGGCUCGAAGGUUGUGCUCGGGGAGUUUGGGUUUGCUGGAAGCUUGCAGCAGUUCCUCGACGGGGAGUGGACUCAUGUCUGUGGGUGCACCAGAAAACUCUCGAACGUAUUUGUGUCAGCAGCACACUGCACGAAUGGAAGUGAUAUCAGCACCUUCAGGGCGGUAUUUGAUACUUUAGAUUUGACGGAUCUCUCACCUCCAGCGCAGAUAACAUCCAUCACAUCGACCUAUGUGCUUGGAUCUUUCACUCGGAAUGGCCCUGGAUACAAGCUUGACUACUCCGAGUUAAACGUGGUCAACAGCAACAUCACCAUCCCUGGCUCCCAGGACUUCCUCCUCAAUAACGUUACCGUCACAAACCUAACUGGGGAACAAUGCAGCAUCGUGGGCUUCGGAGAAGGCAAAAUGUUGAUGUCGAAAACCGUGACUGUCAUCAGCACAGCAGAGUGUGUGCAACGACUAACGGGAACUGGUGCGACGAUCACGGAGAGGGACGAGAUCUGUAUCGAUGGUCACUCCAUCACCGCAGGUGACAGCGGAACUUCUUUAGUGUGUGGAGGGGAGUUUGUCGGCGUUGCCUCGUGGUCCUAUGUUCCAUGUCCAGGAACAAGUGUCUUUGUCAGACUCAGCAGUCCUAUACUUGACGACUGACAGACCGCUGCAACAUAGUCAUGAUUUACCGCAUCUGAACCAUGUAAAAAUAAACAUAGCCAACUGUCAUAUGUUGUGUUAAAUAUGGACUACA